AUGUCCUCUGACUCUGUAGAAGGAACGCAAGUCGCCUCAAGUCAACCUUCUGGUUCCCGAAGACCCAUCUAUAAGGUUGAAUCAACUGGUAACUUUUGGCAAGAUGCUCGAGAAGCUUUCAAGCGCAUAUCAAUAGCUGAUGAUUUUCAACGUCUUGGCGAGAUGCCGUGUGCUCGAAAUAGUCUAAUGAGCGGUAUCGCAAGCGGCGUCGGUGUAGGAGUCAUCCGUAUCAUGAGUGCUGGGUUUCUCGUCGGAUCACAUUGGGCAGUAGGAACUUUCAUGGUUGUUUCCUUGGGCACUUGGACUAUCUGCCAGAGGAAUAUUGAGGCAGAGCGACGUAAGCUCCAGAAGGUGGUUGAAGAAAUGCCGAAACGCUUUCUCAAGCAGAAAGACAAAGUGACAGACGAAAGCUAG